AGCAGCCAUGAAGAUCUUAGCUCUGUGUGUGAUCUUCGCCGCCCUCUUGGCUCUGGGGGUCCCAGUUCCGAUUCAAGGCCACAGCAAAGCCCACCACAAACUCCUGCUCAUCUCCUUCGAUGGCUUCCGCUGGGAUUACGACAGGGAUGUGGAUACUCCUAACAUGGACAAGAUGGCCAGAGAUGGAGUGAAGGCCCAAUACAUGAAACCAGCGUUCAUUACCAUUACCAGUCCCUGCCACUUCACUUUGCUUACUGGGAGGUACAUUGAGAAUCACGGUGUCAUCCACAAUAUGUACUUUAACAGCACCAGUGGAGAGAAGCAGACCUACCUCCCCACACAGGGCAUCUCCAUGUGGUGGGAUAAUGGGAGCCUUCCUAUCUGGAUUACAGCUCAGAGACAGGGACUUAAAGUAGGUUCUCUUUUCUUCCCUGGAGGCAACGCCACCUACGGUGGAGAGCAGGUGAACGUGAAGAAAGUGGAAGACAGAACUCACAAGUACGGCAAUGAGACAGAGUGGAAGGAAAACGUAGAGACCGUGAUGGGCUGGUUCACAGAGCAGGAUCUGGAUUUCGUGGCUCUGUAUUUCGGGGAACCGGACAGCACAGGACACAAAUAUGGGCCUGAUUCUCAAGAACGCAAGGACAUGGUCAGCCAAGUAGACCGCAUGGUCGGGUACAUACGGAGUCGCGUAGCGGAUUACGGCCUAGAAUCCACACUCAAUAUAAUCAUCAUAGCAGAUCAUGGGAUGGCUACAGUGAAGAAGGGCCCUGAAGAGAUUCUUCUCCGAAAUAUUGCAAACUUCUCCUUUUCUGACCUUCAGUUCCACUUGGUGGAUUACGGACCUACAGGACUUCUGGUGCCCAAGGAAGGGAAACUGGAGCAGGUGUAUCAAGCCUUGAAGGACGCCCAUCCCAAACUGCAUGUCUACAAGAAGGAGGAGGUUCCAUCAAGAUUACACUACUCAAAACACGAGAGGAUCACUCCGUUAGUGCUGUAUGGAGACCCGGGGUAUGUCAUUCAUGGGCUCGCUAAGUUCCAGUUUAAUAACGGAGAGCAUGGCUUUGAUAACGAAGCCUUGGACAUGCAAACCAUCUUCCGUGCCGUGGGUCCUUCCUUCCAGCAAGGUCUCAUCGUGGAGCCCUUUGAGAGUGUCCAUGUGUACGCCCUGAUGUGUGAGCUUCUGGGCAUCAGACCAGAGCCCCACGAUGGAUCACUAGACGUGACACGGAAUAUGCUGAUCCAGACAGAGGACGAUGUAUUUGCCGCAGAGUCGCUGUAUUAUGCGACCAUCGCGCUGGCGGCUGUGCUGGGUGUUCUCCUGCUCGUCUUCAUCAUCGUGGAAAUUAGUAUAUUAGUCGAGAGACACAAACGGAGAAAAAGAGCCAAGAAAUCGCUCAGUACCAUUACCCUGCAAGAGAAAGACUAAAAUCCCAAAGGAUAUUCCCACUUUCUUCUGGACGUGACGGUGGCC